AUGGUGUUCAAAAGUUCGUACAUAUUUUUCUUUCUCUUCCUUGUGAUACUUCAUUUUAAUAACGUUGUAGAAGGGGAGAAUGAAACUACAACUGUCGAAAAUAAUCCUGGAAAUAAUGGUAAUAUGGGACCAUCAGAACCAAAAGAUAAGGACAAGAAUAUUGAAAAGGAUGUAAAUCACAACAUGGGUAUGAAUAAUAAUAAUAAUAAUAAUAAUAAUAAUAAUAAUAAUAACAUUAAUAAUAACAUUAAUAAUAAUAAUAUAAAUAACAACAACAACAAUAAUAAUAAUAAUAAUAAUAAUAAUAAUAAUAAUGGUAAUGGAUUUUCAAAUUUUUUUAAUAAACUUUUUGGAAAAAAAAAAGAUAACAAAAAAGAGGGAGAAGAAAAAAAUGAAGAAGAUUUAAAUAGUAAUAAGAAUAUUGAAAGUAAUAAGGGGAGUGCUGUAACUUCUAAUGUAGGGGAUACAAAUAAUGAGGCAAAAGCAAACGACAACAAUAAUAAUGAUAAUAAUGAUGAUAAUGAUGAUGUUGAUGAGAUUGAUGAACGUGAUGAUAAUGAUAAUGAUAAUGAUAAUGAUGAUGAUGAUGAUGAUGAUAAUGAUGACGAUGAUAAUAAUGAUAAUAAUAAUAAUAGUAAUAAUUUAACCGAUACAAAAAAGGAGGGGGAGAAAAUUGAUUUAGGAGUUCAAAACAAAAAGCAAAAUAUUUUUUCAACCAACAAUAAAGGAUUAAAUAAAUAUAAUAUAGAUAAUGAAUUAAAAGAAGUAGAUGGACUUUUAAAAAAUGAUAAUUAUAUAUUAAACAAAUAUCAUGUUUCAUUUUUUAAUAAUUUUGAAGAAGAUACAUAUAAUAAGAAGAAAUUUAUAAGACCGUAUGAUCUUAGCUUGUUAAAAAGUAUAUUAAUAUAUAGACAAAGAGUAACAAGAAAUUGUGUUAAUGUUUUUCAAGAUUUAAAUGCUGUUUUUGGUAAAUGUUAUAAUAAAGAUGACACUAAAUUAAGUAUUACUCGUGAUAAAGUUAAAAAAGAGUUAAGUAGGAAAAAUGGGAAUUUUGUAGAAUAUUUAAUUGAAAUGUUAGAAAAUACACUUAAUAGUAUGAAUGAUGAUUUUAUUAAUAAAGAUAAUUUUGAUUUAAAUAAUUAUGUUAAAGAAUUUGAAUUAAUAAAUUAUUUAUUAAUACAUGAAGAUUCAGAUAUAUUUUUAGAAACAUAUAAUUUAAUAAGUGGAUUAAAUUCAAAAAUAGAAGAAACAUCUAUUGGAAAACUUAAAUAUGCAAUAUUACAAGGAAAACAAAUCAAUUACAAAAUUAAGGAUGAUAUUUAUUAUAUCCUUAAAAACGCAUAUGCUAAAUAUUUUAAAAUUGAUGUAUAUAAAAAAGGAAAAUUAUUAUAUCCAACUUUAUAUUAUCAUAGAAAUGCAUUUAUUAAAUCUUUUGUAGUUGAAUUUUUUAAUAAUAAUAAAGUAUGUGAGAAUACAAAGUGUCCUCUCAAUUCUAAUUGUUAUGUUAUAGAUGAUGAAGAAACCUGUAGAUGUCUACCUGGAUUUAAUAAUAUAAAAAUUGAUGAUGAAAUGAAUUGUGUAAGGGAUGAUACAUUAGAUUGUUCUAGAAAUAAUGGAGGAUGUGAUAUACAUGCUAAAUGUUCAUUUAUUGAUAAACAAAUUGUGUGUGAAUGUAAGGAUAAAUUUGAAGGUGAUGGAAUAUAUUGUUCCUAUUCUUUUUUUAGUUCAAUACAUAAUUUUAUUUUCUUUUUUAUAUUGUGUCUAUUUAUUUUUAUUUUAUAG